AUGAUUGCCACCCAUCCCUGUACACUCCUCCUCACACUGGCCUGCUCUUCUGCCGUUACAGCAACAGCAGCAGUAAUGAAGAAGAGUGAAAAACGACAAACUUCCACAUGUAGUAGCUACACAAUCAUCAACACCCGCGGAACAGGCGAACCACCCGGCCCUUGUCCCGAAUUCCUCACCAUGAAUCAAAACAUUCUCUCACAACUUCCUGGAGGCAAAGUGUAUAAUACGAAUUAUCGAGCGGCCUUGGAUCAGAUUUCGGAGUAUGGGACUGAUGAUAUCAUCUCCUACAUCCGCACAACCCUCCAAUCCCAACCCAACGAAUGUUUUAUUCUCCAAGGCUAUUCUCAAGGUGCCUCUGCGACCAUUUCCGCGCUCUCCAGUCUCUCAUCAUCAUCGGAAGAUGGAGAUGGAGAUGCAGUCAAGGCGGUGUUUCUGGUGGGAAAUCCAUCUCGUCAGCCCGGGUUGGAAUGUAAUGUGGAUAAUUUUGGAGAGGGGAGUACGAGGGAUUCGAGGGGGAUUUUGGGGGUUUGGGGAAAUGGAAAGGGAGGGAUUGAGGGGGGGUGGGUGGAGAGGACGAGGGAUGUUUGUAUUUCUGGCGAUGGAAUAUGUGACUCUCUCCACGGAUUCGGACUCACUCCUCAGCAUUUAUCAUAUGGAUCUGAUGAAGCGACACAAAAAUUGGGAACAGAAUUCAUCAUUUCUCAACUGCAAGGAGGAGGAAUGUUGCCGUAA